UAAGCACUUCGCGCCUCGCUGUCAGCGGGACAGCCUAGGAUCGGCGGUAACCAAGCCACAGUACUGGUUAUUUCCGUGAUGCCACUUUCACUUUCGGCAUUCACUGAGCUCAGCUGCACCCGCGUGGUUCCGCGGUACAGCGCUGCGCUCGGAUGCCAGUCACGGCGGCGCAGGCCCCGCCCCUCGGCGUGCGCGCUCCCGCCGCUCCCGGUGACGCGACGCGAGAGGCUACGGGGUGGUGUUUUGGCGGUACGGCUGCGGGAAAGGAGCAGAGCUAGUGGGAAGGUGCUGCCGGGAAGCCGCGACUGCGUUGCUGGCGCCGCCUCGCCGCGGUGGCCGUGAUGCGCUCCGCUCGCGGGUCUGCGCUCCCGGGAACCCCGACCGCCGAGUCGGACGCUGCCGAGCAGUUCAGCUAUCACAUGAUUAUCGAUUUUUUUAAAUGUUCAGACUGGAAUUCCUGUGCCAUGAAGGGUUUUGAAGAUAGGCUUUCUUGAUAUAUCCAGAAGAGGAUUGGAUGCCGGAAACUGGAGAUAUCAGUCAAAGGAGGGCCCUGGCGCCGGGAGGCCUUCUGUAACGGUGUGUGAGGACUGACUCCCAGGGCCUCGCCUGACCUCUGACCUGCCAGCAUGGGGAGGAUCGGCAUCUCCUGUCUUUUUCCGGCUUCCUGGCAUUUCAGCAUCUCCCCAGUGGGGUGUCCCCGAAUUCUGAACACCAACUUACGCCAAAUUAUCGUCAUUAGCAUUCUGGCUGCUGCUGUUUCACUUUUAUACUUUUCUGUUGUCAUAAUCCGAAAUAAGUAUGGGCGGCUCUCCAGAGAUAAGAAGUUUCAAAGGUACUUGGCACGAGUUACUGACAUUGAAGCUACAGACACCAAUAACCCCAAUGUGAACUAUGGUAUCGUGGUGGACUGUGGUAGCAGCGGGUCUCGGAUCUUUGUCUAUUGCUGGCCGCGGCAUAACGGCAAUCCUCAUGAUCUGUUGGAUAUCAGGCAAAUGCGGGAUAAAAACCGAAAGCCUGUGGUUAUGAAAAUAAAACCCGGCAUUUCAGAGUUUGCUACCUCUCCAGAGAAAGUCAGUGAUUACAUUUCUCCUCUCUUGAACUUCGCUGCAGAGCAUGUACCACGGGCAAAACACAAAGAGACCCCUCUCUACAUUCUCUGCACAGCUGGAAUGAGAAUCCUCCCCGAAAGUCAACAGAAAGCCAUUUUAGAAGACCUUCUGACUGACAUCCCUGUGCACUUCGACUUUCUGUUUUCUGACUCUCAUGCAGAAGUAAUUUCAGGGAAACAAGAAGGUGUGUAUGCUUGGAUUGGCAUUAAUUUUGUCCUUGGACGAUUCGAGCAUAUUGAAGAUGAUGAUGAGGCAGUUGUGGAAGUUAACAUCCCUGGUAGCGAAAGCAGCAAAGCCAUUCUCCGUAAAAGAACAGCCGGUAUUCUCGACAUGGGAGGUGUCUCAACCCAGAUAGCAUACGAAGUCCCCAAAACUGUAAGCUUUGCCUCCUCACAGCAGGAAGAAGUAGCUAAGAACUUAUUGGCCGAAUUUAACUUGGGAUGUGACGUUCACCAAACUGAGCACGUGUACCGCGUCUACGUGGCCACGUUUCUUGGGUUUGGCGGCAAUGCCGCUCGACAGAGAUAUGAGGACAGAAUAUUUGCCAGCACAGUUCAAAAGAACAGGCUCCUGGGGAAACAGACUGGGCUGACCCCUGAUACUCCGUACCUGGACCCCUGCCUACCCCUGGACAUUAAAGAUGAAAUCCAGCAGAAUGGACAGACACUGUACCUGCGGGGGACGGGAGACUUCGACCUGUGCCGAGAGACCAUCCAGCCUUUCAUGAACAAAACCAACGAGACGCAGACCUCCCUCAAUGGGGUCUACCAGCCCCCGAUUCACUUCCAGAACAGUGAAUUCUACGGCUUUUCCGAAUUCUACUACUGCACUGAGGAUGUGCUACGGAUGGGGGGAGACUACAGCGCUGCCGCGUUUACGAGAGCCGCGAAGGAUUAUUGCGCAACGAAGUGGUCCAUCUUGCGGGAACGCUUUGACCGAGGACUGUAUGCCUCUCACGCCGACCUCCACAGGCUCAAGUAUCAGUGCUUCAAAUCCGCCUGGAUGUUUGAGGUGUUCCACAGGGGCUUCUCAUUUCCCAUCAACUACAAAAAUUUAAAGACAGCUUUGCAAGUUUACGACAAGGAGGUUCAGUGGACCCUCGGAGCAAUCCUCUACAGGACCCGCUUCUUACCCUUAAGAGAUAUCCAGCAGGAGACCUUCCGGGCCAGCCACGCGCACUGGCGGGGCUUCUCCUUUGUGUACAAUCACUACCUGUUCUCGGGCUGCUUCCUGGUGGUCCUGCUCGCCAUCCUCCUCUACCUGCUGCGGCUGCGGCGCAUUCACAGGCGGGCCCCGCGCAGUGGCUCGGCCGCCACCGUCUGGCUGGAGGACGGCCUUCCGUCCCAGAAGAUCGCCGGUACCUUAUGAACCGGAGUUGGAGCCCCAGAAAGACUCUAAAGGAAAAGCCAUUUUUGCCUCAGGGUUUCUCCUCUUCAUUCUCAUUUGUUUUUCCUUUCCCUUUUUGUUCCGUGAAACCAAACCAAAAUCCACUGUUCGUAAACUCUGCUGUCCUAGAAGCACUGCAUUUAGCCGUUCUGUGUCCAGCUUUAAGUUGCGGAAUAGGGAAAAGGGAACAUCACUUCAUUUUUGCUGCAUAGGAUAUCUGCCAAAAAUUACUAAAAUUUUUGGUUGUUCUCUAAGGUAUAUUUGAUUUUAAAAAGAUGCACUUUACUAUUGGAGGGAAACGGCAGGCUGUUCUCUGUCAGGGGAGGUGGGACCGAGGGGUGACGCUUUCACAGAACCAGAACACAUACCGACUGGACUGAUCGCCCCCUUUUUCUCUCUGUCUUGAAAGCGCUAACCUAAAGAGGGAGAUGUUUAGUUCUAUUUAUUGUUCAGGGCUGUUGCUGUUUGUUUUCUUUGCCGGUUAAAAAAAUCAAAACUGUUUAUAUCCAAAAUAGAGAGGUACAGGCACCAGGAGGUAACAGUUUUUAAAAUUGAUAGUGAAGAGACCUGAAAAAUGUGAAAUGAUGGCCAGAGCUCUGUGUGUGUGUGAGGGUGAGAGUGUGUGUGUGAGAGAGCGUGUGUGUGCAUGUGUGUGUUUGUGUAUGAAAACCACUGAUGGGGGAGAGUGAGGGAGUGCAGGGCUCUCACUUUUAAAAGCACACACUUCAGAAUGCACUGUUUCAUUUCACUUCGAAGAAUCAUUCCCCGUUACCGUUACUUCUUCUGACCACAGGUAGUUACUUUCUUCAUGCCAUCUUUCAGCGGCCUUAGAACACUACGUUUUUGAGUUGGAAAAUUCAUAGUUCACUGGUUUCGGUGUUGUUAGAACUGGAGCUGGUGCUUGUCGACAGGCACGUCCUUAUUUCUCAGUAGCUCGUCUGUGCUUGUUUACUUGUGCUCCGGUUGCUUCCCUCUUCAAGUUGGUGUCCCCCUGCCCUCGGAUUUCAGAGACCUAGCUUGACUGUCGCGGUUGAGGCUGUGCUGGCAGGGCCACUGUAAAUCCAAACGAAGAGAAGAACUGAACACAAGAAAUCAACUCACAUUUUGAAGAAAACACGCUUGACAUUUUAAACAAAAACCUAAAAAGGACAACUGGAUUGGCAUGUAUGAGAUUAGUGUUUUUUCACCUGUUCGUUUAGUUUAGAAGCUUUGGGAAUUCUCAUACAUAGUUUUUUAGGCGAUGUUCUGUGUGUGUGUGUGUGUGUGUGUGUGUGUACGCACACACAAGCUAUUUCUUAACUCCAAAACAGCUAAAUUCGUCUAGUUGGUAACAAAUGUAUAUUUCGAGAAUCAUCAGCUGCCUUUUUAAAAAAAUCAAUGAUGAGAGAAAGAACUCACGUUCUGAAGCCCUUAUUUAAUUUAGAAAAACUUUUUAGAUUUUCAUCUCGUCUAUUAAUUACUUAAAAACGUGGCAUACAGUAUAUUGAUGACUUAAAAGAUUACAAAUUUAUGAAAAGAUUACAAAUUUAUGAAAGAAAUGCAAAUCCUGUGAUUCUGCUCUUCAAAGUGAAUAUUCUAACAACGGAAAAAUUAUUGGUAGAAAGUUUGCCUCUCAAAUAUAAAGAAGGUUAGAGGAGCUGUAUGGUGGUAUAGCAUCUGAUGUGUAGAGAGACUUGUUUCAGAGAGGAUGGAGACAGAUGUCUCUCGAAAAAUCCAGCUUCUGAAAUGCUGGUCUCCAGCUAUUUAAAUGCUUGGUCCCUGGCAAACACUGUUCCUUUUCAAGAGGCAGCCACACACGAGCCGUGUCAUGGGUACCCCAGGGGCAUAGUGAGCUGGCGUGCUUCUCCUUGACUUCUUAAAGGAGGUUUGCCCUGUGGACUGUGGGUGGCAUUAGUGGUGAAGAAGAGUAAGUUUACAUGUUAGCUUCUCUGCCGCCAGCCAUUUGGAGUAGUAAGGCCCUAACCUGCAGAAUGAAAAUUUUCCAAUGCCUAGAAUAUGUGAUUUUGCCUUUCAAAUCAAAGCAAGGAUAAGCUAGCAUAGGCACAGAUCUAAACAGGCCUAAAUGAAGACCUCCUACGAUAAAUAGCCACUUUUAAAAUAAAGGAUGCUAACCUGGCCCAGCUCUGUUCCACUUGGGGAGCGCAGGAGAAACCAGCUUGGAGGAGCGAAGCCUGAGCAGCCAUCUGCAAGGACCUAACUCACUCUCCAAAAGAAGUCCCCAAAUUAGGGUUCCCAGGCCCAGCAGCCUUGGACUUUGCACAGUUCGGUGCCGUGUCCUCUGCCAAAGAACUCCCGGAGCAGGCCUGGCAAACUUGCCCACAGGGAAAAUCUCGGAAACCCUUGAGCUAAGAAUGGUUUUUCAAUUUUUAAAGGGUCAUUAAAGAAAAAAAAAGUGACAGAUAUGCAACAGCGACUGCAUGUGGCCUGUAGAGCCUCAAACGUUUACUAAGUGUCCCUUUACAGAAGACAUCUGCUGGCCCUGCAUGGAGAGUCCCGUUCAAGAACAGAUAUACAGCCUCGUCCUCUUCACUCAGGAAGGUAGUUACCACCCGUGAGCACAAAAAGAGGGGCAAGAGAAG